AUGAAUUAAUCAUUAUAAAUCUUAUUUCCUGUAUUGGAUACCAAUUCAGGAAAAGUGAUGGUAGCUGAAAAGAUAAACCAAAAUUAGAAAACCAAAUAUUAUGCAUUUUAAUUUCAAAAUUAAGUGAUUCCUAAAACCUAUUUGAUUGAAUAUGACAAUGCUCUUAAAAAAUCAAAACAUAAUGAAUUAUUUAGAUAAUAUUAUGAAAUGCAUAUAGAAACUCCAGGAAAUCCGGAAAUCCCAUACCUCCAUCUAUUUCAUUAUUACGAAGAUGGUAAAUUUUUAGAUCAAAAGGUGAUUGAUUAUGGCAAACAAAGAUAAUCUUUUAAUUAUGCAGAAAUAUAAUUAUAUCUGAAAAAUUUUCUAAUUGCCUUGUAUGAAUUACAUUCUAACUAAAUACCUGGAAGAAUCUUCUCUAUUUACAACACUCUAGUUGUUUAAGAAAGGCUUGUUAUAAUGGAUUUUGGAUUUGGACCAAAUAUUAAUCAAGAUAAUUUAGAUAUACUGGCCCCUCCAGAAUAUUUAGAAUAAAUAAUUAAUAAUAAAAAUUAUAUCUAAAAGGAGUUCGAUUUAAAAUUUGAUUCUUGGUUGCUGGGAGCAAUAUUGUAUCACUUAAUUAAAUUUAAAUCGAUAAAUUAGGUUGAAGUUUAAGGAAAUAGUUAUCAACGAUUUAAAUAUGAUAGAGUAGAAGAAUAUUAUAAUUAUCUAAAAAACCUUGAUCAUAUUCCAUGUUAGACUACUAGAUACAAAAAUGAUUUACUCUCAUUUGUUGAAUCCUUGCUUACUUGCAAUAAAGAUAACCGAUUAUCAUUUGAACAAAUUCAUAAGCAUGAAUACAUUUAAAAUCUUGAACUUGAAAAUAAAGCUGAAUAUAUAAAGUUCUAUUCUGAAAAUCAAUUCAUUAAAGACUGUGAAAUUGGUAUCACUUCUACUUAAGGUUUUCAACCUGCUACUUCAUAAAUAUCUUUUGAUCUGCGAAAUAGUUUUACAUAAGGACAUUCAGAAUCAGUAAUUAUAAAAUAAGAAGAUCAUCCUUCUCCUUAGGUGACAAGAAAACCAAUAAAAAUCACGGAACAAAUUUCUAAUUAUUAGGAGGAUGCACAAGGUUAUCCUAAUUUCUUGAAUAUAAUAUUAAAUACACCUUAAUUCAAUAAUACAAACUUUAAUAUUUAUUGGCUGAAAAUUUAAUUAGAUUGUUUGAAAUGCUAGAUGUUAAAAUAAACAGCUGAGAAAAUUACGACUAUUUUACCAAAAUAUAAGCAUCCAUACCAUUAGGUUUUGGUUUAUAUUAUUAAAAAAAUGAAUUCCAUAGUUUUAAGGGAAAUGGACUCUGAAUUAAAAUCAGCUUAUUUUUAAAAAAAUCUUGAUGAAUAAUGGGAAGACUUUUUAAGUUAAAAUAAGUAAAAUUUACCUAGAUCUGAUUCAAUAAUCUCAUAUUCAAGAUCAUUAUAAAGUGAGAUAGCAAUCCUUUAUAACAAUUUUGAAACUUUCUUAAAUGAAGAGUCAACUACACUUUCUAACUCCGUCAAAAAGUCAAUAGAGAGUGACAAGUCGUAAAAUUUUAAUAUGUUAAAUAAUCCACAAGAAUUCUAUUAAGAUAUUUAUAGAGAGGAAUUUGAACUACUUCUCUAAUUUAUAAAUGACAAAAUAACUUCAAAUAAUAACUUAGAAGAAUUGAAUUAAUUAAAGUUAUUAGUUUUUCAUUGUUCACAAAUCACUACGUUAUUCCAAUUAGAAACAUUUGAAGAAACAUUUAAAGGGCUUGCAUAAUAGAAUCAAAAACCAUAGCCAAAAGAUUUAGCUUAAUAUUUUGGCAUUAACAAUUGA